GAAUAGCUGGAUUAGGAGGUAGCUGCCGUGCAAGGGUGCAUGCGUGUUAGCGCUUCUGUACAGCAGGUGGGCUCCCAUCCUUUCCACGAAAUCAUUGAUUUGCUGGUCGUAGUUGUUUACCUUCCGACAAUAUAAAAUAAGGCACAUUAAGCAUUUUGCCUUUUCCUGACUUCAAACGGAAGAGCUAGAAUUCCUAAUAUCUGUACCCGACGUUCUUCUUUCGAAAGGUCCUAGCGGUUUGAUAGGCCGAACCUGCGACGCUAGCUGUUAAGUUAACAAUACAUGGGCUUUCCGCCGUUGAAGUAGGGAAAAGGUCCAAAACAGUCCUUCCGCACAUACUGGACUGCUGGUCAUGCGCUGGGCGCACAAGUGAAACUAUAGCUCUAAUCGAAUAACUAGACCGGAUAUGGGCGAGGGUGCGUCGCUACCAGUCUUGGGUUCACGCGGGUCAUGGACGUGACUGCGUUGCGCUUACGGGAAAAUACUAGCAAACAUGAUAUAUCAUUGACCUGCUUUUCACGUACUCCAUGCUCACCUCCACCUUUGACACAGUUGAACUUGAAACCCUCCGGGGCCUACCAUGUGUCAAACCCCAUGACCACAGCCCUACCCCUCCUCAUCUAGCCCCUCCUUACCUUCUCACCCUUUCCUAUCUCACACCGCUAAGCAUGCCGAUCAUGUUGCCAAUCCCGAAUGCCCUUCGUCCACCUCGCCCUUUUCCCUUCCCCGCUGCCACCUUGCCUCCUCAAAUGCGUGCAGAAAAGCGCCGACGCAGCCCCUCUCGGUCCCCACCACCCCGGGAAGGCGGAAGAGGCGAGAGAGGCUACGAGGAGGACCCGGGGGGUGGUCGUGGAGGUGGUGGCCGAUACGAUCGGGAUCGGGAGUACGGCAGCCGCAAUGAAACACACCGGGACACCCGAGAGCGGGAGAGGGAGCGGGGUCGUGACCGAGAGAGGGAUCGCGAGUACGGAAGGGAUGCUGGCGGCAGCCGCUCAGGUGCCGUUAAGAAGGAGGUGGAGGAAGGUGAAGGGCCGCAGUUCCGGCGAGGCGAUGAAGACCGGGGCCGCAGUGGGCGGGAAGCGCAACGUGAUCGGGAACGAGAUCGGGAUCGGGAUGAGUGGGGCAGCGCUGGUGCCGGCGGCGGCGGCGGCAGUGGGAGAGAUCGGCCGCCGUUGUGCGAUAGGCCUGGCGGCGCCGUCAAGCGGGAGCGCGGCGGCGGCGAGGAGCGGGACGAGCCGACGGGCGGCCGCGGUGGUGGAGGUGGCGGAGGCGGGAGCGGGCGAGACGGCAAGCGGGAGCGGGGGAAUGGCGACUGGGGCAGCGGCGGCGGAGGCGGCAGGGGUGGAGGUGGCGGCGGCGGCGGGGGCCGUGGCGGUCGGGACGCGGAGUCCUCUCGCUACAUGUCUCGUGAGGAGCGGGAGGAGAAGGAGCGGGAGGCGGAGGAGGCGGCGCGGCCCAAGGCGCCCAAGGAGCAGCCCAACAUUGGGCUGUCCGGCAAGCUGGCCGCCGACGCCAACAAGGUGGGUCCCGCGGGCGCGGAGCUGAAGCACGUGCCGCCGCCCGAGGGCCGCAAGCCCGACAAGCGCUGGCGGCUGUACGUGUUCAAGAACGACACGCUGCAGGACGAGCCCUUCCACAUACACAGGAUGGACCACUACCUGUUCGGUCGCGACGUGAGUGUGGCCGACAUCAUCACCGCGCACCCCUCCUGCUCCAAGCAACACGCGGUGCUGCAGUUCCGACUCACGCACAAGGAGGACGAGCUGGGGCUGUCGUCCGCCGCCAUCCGGCCCUACCUGCUGGACCUGGGCAGUGUCAACGGCACCUUCCUGAACGGUGAGCGGCUGGAGGCGCUGCGCUACUACGAGCUGCUUGAGAAGGACGUGGUGCGCUUCGGACUGAGCAGUCGGGAGUACGUGCUGCUGCAUGACAAGUCGGGGGAUGACUGAGGGGGAGGAGGAGGGGGGGGGGGAAAUAUAGAUGGAAAGUAAAGCAACAGAGUCCCAAUCCCAAACCCCGACUCAUGCAGUGAGCGUAUACGGAGACACUAUUGAGGAGGGAGGAGGAGGAGGACUUGAGGAGGAUAACAAGGAAGGAACUGACGAGCUGUAUGACAUGUAGGCUUCACCUUGGGAGUUGACUGAUGACUGACUGGAUGGGAGAUGAAUGACUGCGAAGAGAGAUGUGGGUGAGGAGAAGCGGACACAGCAUCACAGCACAGGGGGGGAUGGGUUGGCUUGGCAUGUCGCUGGGGGGUGCGGGAGGGGAGGUGGUGGGUGGGCGGAUGCAUGCGCUCAUGCGGGCGCGAAUGGGGCCCACCCAGCAGCAAUGAGGGGGCAGCCGUGCGGGCUCCUCCUCCUCUUCAUCAUCAUAGCGACGCUGUUAUUAUUCUUAUCAUCUCAUGGGAGGCAUCUGUACUGUGCUCUAGUGUGCUGGCCGUAGGGCUACGGAAAUGUAUCGGCACUGCCUUACCGUUAGUUAGCAUAGGCCGAGCUGUAUGACGGAGGCGCGGGGAGCGCAGUUAAGCUCCUGGACUCGCUGCUGGUGUUGGUGUGGCGCGGCCUCAGACGGGCAUACCGGUACACGACUCGCGGCCAGCUUUCCUAACACACACAUAGGCACGCUGCAGCGUUCGGGCGUUGCGCUGUUCGGUGUGUACCGGUAACGGGAGGAGGGUAGGGCGGUCUCCGGGUGCGGCCCUUGUGUGUCAGCGGGCACAUGUAGAUGCCAACGAGCAGCCCGGGGGGACAUUGUACUUGCGCGCCCAUGUGCGGUGAUGUGCCGGGCUCUCAUUCACACCAACAAGAGCCCUCUCAAGGACGUUCUGUAGCAGCAUAUUGCGCCAAGCGACGGCACCUCGAUGCGCUCGGCCACAGUGUUACACAUGCGUUGUGGGUGAGGGGCCGCGACACCCUACCCACAUCACGCGCGCGCUCACCAUGCGCAGUAUCCCC